GAUAACAUGGACCCGGAAGUUGUUGGUCCGACCCGUAAUAGCGUCCCUCCCCGGAACUAACGUUAACUGUGUGUGUGUCCCGUCGUGAUGAAGACGGCGGAGUAAAACGCGCCAGUGUUUAGUUUCUUAAGAAGAAAGAAAGGUCCCAAACUGCCGGAUGUGGUUUUAAAAGCUGAACCAGAGCCACACAGAGCAGGUCGGGGAGAAGAGGAACUUUAACAUGAAGUCAGAGAGGAAGCUGGCAGCGGACCAGGGGACAGCUUUGCUUCCUGAUGACAAAAGCCCGAUUGUUAUUAAAGAGGAGCAGCAGGAGCCAGAGGCCCCCCCAAACAUUAAAGAGGAACUGUGGAGCAGUCAGGAGGGAGAACAUCUUCGAGGGCUGGAGGAAGCUGAUAUCACCAAGUUCCCAUUCACUCCUGUCCCUGUGAAGAGUGAAGAUGAUGAAGAGGAAGCUUUACCUCAAGAUGUUCUGGAAGUGAUUGUUGGUGAAGAGGAGCAGCAGGAGUGUAGCUCCAGUGUGGACCAGCAGGAGCCAGAGCCCCCCCCACACAUUAAAGAGGAACAGGAGGAACCGUGGAGCAGUCAGGAGGGGGAGCAGCUUCAAGGGCUGGAGGAGGCUGAUAUCACCAAGUUCCCAUUCACUCCUGUCCCUGUGAAGAGUGAAGAUGAUGAAGAGGAAGCUCAGUCCUCACAGCUUCAUCAAAGACAAACUCAACACAUGGAAACAGAAGCUGAUGGAGAGGACUGUGGAAGACCAGAACCAGACAGGAAUCAACAUCCAUGUUUACAACCAGAAACUGGAGACUCUUCUGAUCCUGAGACGGAUGACAGUGCUCAUUGGAAGGAGACCAGAGAACCUCAGUCAGCUUUAAAGUCUCUGAAACAUGUAUCAAGAUGUAAGAAAACAUUCAGCUGCUCUGAAUGUGGGAGAAGAUUUGACUUCAAGUCAUAUCUGAAGAGACACAUGAUGAGUCACACAGGAGAAAAACCUUUCAGCUGCUCAGUCUGUAAGAAAUCUUUUGGAUUAAGUGAUGAUUUCCGGAAACACAUGAGAAUCCAUACGGGAGAGAAACCUUUCAGCUGCACUGAGUGUGGGAGAAGAUUUGUCCAAAAGGGAAGUCUGAAGAGACACAUGAGAUCUCAUUCAGGAGAAAAACCUUUUAGCUGCUCAGUCUGUAAAAAAUCUUUGGCAGAUAAGGGAAGUGUAAAUACACAUAUGAGAAUCCACACAGGAGAGAGAACCUUUAUUUGCUCUGAGUGUGGAAGAAGAUUUAGACGCAACUCAGAUCUGAGGAGACACAUGAGAACUCACACAGGAGAGAAACCUUUCAGCUGCUCAGUUUGUGAUCAAAGAUUUGGCAGCAAGACAAAUCUGAAGACUCACAUGAGAAUCCACACAGGAGAGAAACCUUUUGUUUGCUCGGAGUGUGGGAAAAGAUUUAACGACAACUCAAGCCUGAGGAGACACACGAGAACUCAUACGGGAGAAAAAACCUUCAGCUGCUCAGUCUGUAAGAAAUGUUUUACACAGAGUGGAAGUUUAAAGAAACACAUAAGAAGUCAUACAGGAGAGAGACUUGUCAGCUCUUCAGUCUGUAAGAAAUCAUUUACACAAAGUAGUUCUUUAAAAAAUCACAUGAAACAACACACAGGAGAGGGACCGUCUACUUCCUGUGUUGGUGACAUCAGAAAGCAGCAGGAGUGGAGCUCCAGUGUGGACCAGGAGCAGCCAGAGAACCUCAGCCAGGUUGGAACUCUCUGAACCAUAGAAAUAAAAUGGAUAGAAAGGCAAUUUCCAUUCAAAUCAACGCAGCAUAAUGGUCAGACAUUUUUAUGUGUACCAUUGCCAUGGUAACGUAUAAACUUCACAGGACAAUUAGUGUUAAACUUAAUGUCUCUUACUUUUGUGUUAUUAUAAUAAUAAUAAUAAUAAUAUAAUAAUUUGUCUGAAGCGCCCAGGGUCAAAUACCUUCCCAGCUAUCUUCAGAUACUCAAGGCCAGGCUUCUCCCCUUUCUUCUUGUUGCUAUUCCAUCUUGGGUUUUCAACCCUCAUGUUGUCGUUGGACUAAAUUGACCCGUUUU